GGAGCCCACUGAGGCGAGGCCCCGGUCCCCGCCCGGUUCGCGGAGGAGCGGGCUGCCAUGGCGGCGGGCGGGCUGCCGCUGCCGGGCCCGGUCGAGCCGAACCCCUUCUCCUUCCGCGAGUUCGUCCGCAGCAAGGCCCGCGGCGGCGAGGAGCCGGGCGGCACCUGCCAGGCGGAGCUGCCCGGCCCGACCCCCGGCCCCCUCUCGUUCCUGGAGCCGCCCGGAGAGGCGGAGGACGAGGAUGAUGAGGAGGAGUGGAGCGGGAGCUACCGGCCCUCGGCCGUGGAACGGGCCCACGCGUGCCCCGCCGGCUCCUUCCCCUGCGAGGGCCCGGGCGCGGCCUGUCCCCGCGGAGCCGCCCCGGGGCCGGGCGGUCAGUCCCUGUUCCAGCCCAGCUACGAGCAGCUAAAAGAAGAGAAUGCCAGUUUGAGAAGCAAGAUCAAUAAGCUUCAGAUGUUCUCUGAAACUCAAGCCGACAAGAUGAGGAAGCUUGAAAAAAAACUGGAGGAAAACAAAAUUAAAGAAGAAAAAGAAGCGCGGGAUUUAGAAGCAAUGGUGCAGCAUGUGGAGCAAAACCUCCAGCUGAUGACUAAACGGGCUGUUAAAGCAGAAAACAACGCUACAAAACUGAAACAGGAAAACGCACUACUUCAGGUUCAACUGAAGAAUUACAAGACGGAGAACGAAGCGCUGCGGUCGGGCCAGUCGGCGAGCCUGGCCGUGGUGAAGCAGAACGCAGAGCUCGCCCUCCAGAACCUGCUCACGGUCAUCACCAACUCCCGCUCCUCCAUCAGGCAGCUGGUCUCCGGAGCAGAAUCGCUGCAGCUUGUUGCCGAUCUCCUUAAAUCAAUAGACAGAAUUUCUGAAGUGUCGGAACACGGACAGUGACUCAAACACAACGGACUCAAACGGAGAACUUGGCUUUCGUGCAGAAAUCAUGUUAAAAAAGUUAAUUUCUGACAUUCCACCUCGUGACAAGGUGCGAAGCUCUUGGCGCUGCUGCAGAAAUGGCUGUUCUGGAUCGUGAGAACCGAAUGGACCAGAGUACGUCCUUGUCCUGCGAGGCUGGGACCACGGCCACCCCCUCACACCCCACAUUCCCGCGGGCACCCCGGAUUUUGGCUGAGACCCCCCCAAGUGCCCCAGGUUUUGGCUGUGAUGCCCAUUUGCCUUUCCGUCCCCAUUAUUCGCCUGCCACGGAGGGAAAAUGGCUUGUGGGGGUUCGCGCAACGCGGCGAGGCCCCGGGCGCUGUGUAACGGGCUUGGUGCCGCUAUUAAAGGCCGCGGAGGCGGCGGCGGAG